AUGUUGUUGAUUCGAAACACGCAAGUGUUAAAAUCACCCAUGACAGUCAGGUCGCGGCCAUCGUGCACUCCAAAGUCCCAGAAAACUUCGAAGCCGAGUCCCAUACCUGGCUUCUGGUCUUCGAGGUCAGCCUGGAAGAGAGCUGCGGUCAAUACGACACGCUGCCUGGUUGGUUGCACGAUUGGCGACUUCAGCGCAAUGUGGUAUCUUCAAUCCGCUCAUCCGCAACUUGGCAUCACCGCCAUCAUGGCAUUAUCCAUGGCCGGCGGAGUCACCACAUCUCUCUUGCUGGAGACGACUCUGCUGAGAUACGGUCGCGACAGGUUGGCCUGGAGGGCUGCAGCGCAGACAGCCGCGGGAAUGAGUAUGAUAUCCAUGCUGACGAUGGAAGUGGCGGAGAAUAUGGUAGACUACCAUCUCAUGGGCGGUGCUGUUCAGUUUGAUUCUCCCUCAUUCUGGGCAGCUGCCCUGGUCUCCACGGUCGCUGGGUUUCUCGCGCCAUUGCCAUACAACUACUAUAAGCUUAGGAGGUUUGGUAAGGCGUGCCAUUGA